AUGAAAGACAAAACGACCGCAGCGCUGCUGGCCUUUUUCCUGGGCGGCUUCGGCGUGCACAAAUUCUAUCUGGGCGAAAAGGGCGGGGUGCUGCGCAUCAUCCUGACCUGCACCUUGAUAGGCGCGCCCAUAUCCGGGGUGAUGGCCCUGAUCGAUUUCAUAAAGCUGCUGACCAUGUCACAGGCGGACUUUGACGCACAGUACAACUGA